CCGCUCCCGUUGGACACAGUGAUCUCCGCUGGGACGCCCUGGGAUGGAGCAGCAGCUGAAGUAACCCGUGCGCCGUUGGUGCCGCCGCGGGGGCCCCGCAGGCCGUGCCCCCUGGCCAUGGCCUUCCAGCGGAGCCACAAGCUGAACCUGCUGCGCCUCGCCGUGCUCCUCAUCGUCACCUUGGCCGGCAUCAAGUUCCUGCUCCGGGACAGCUUCCCACUGCAGUCACCCAAGCCCGGCAUCCAGGACAGCUUCUGGGGGCCGGCACAGGCCGCGGAGCCCCGGAGCGGGGCCCUGGAGACGGUGGCAGCCGAGGAGCCGGAUGAGAGGCAGCAGCUCCCACAGGACGAGGGCGGCCCCCAGCUGCGCCUCGUGCACCUGGACCUCAAGGGCGCUGCGCCCCGCGUCUCCUACCUGGAGCAGCUCUUCCCGCUCCUGUCCCAGCUGGGAGCCAGUGGCAUCCUGGUGGAGUACGAGGACAUGUUCCCGUUCCAGGGGGAGCUGGAGACGCUCCGGUCCCCGUACGCCUACAGCGAGGAGGACGUGGAGCGGAUCCAGCAGCUGGCCGAGCUCAACCAGCUGGAGGUGGUGCCGCUGGUGCAGACGUUCGGGCACGCGGAGUUCAUCCUCAAGCACGAGAAGUUCCAGCACCUGCGGGAGGUCGAGCGCUUCCCCAACAGCUUCAACCCGCACGCGCCGGGCACGCUGCCGCUGCUCCGCAACCUCCUGGCGCAGGUCAUGGAGAAGCACGGCCGCUCCAGCUGGAUCCACAUCGGCGCCGAUGAGGUGUUCCACCUGGGCGAGGGCGCAGACUCGCGGGCCUGGAUGAGCCGCACCAAGGGCGACGUGGGCGCCAUGUACCUGCAGCACGUCAAGGAGGUGGCGAGCGCGGUGGCGGCGCCGGGGCGGCGCGCGCUCAUGUGGGACGACAUGCUGCGCAGGAUGAGCGCGGGCGCCCUGCGGGAGUCGGGCCUCGCCGAGCUCGUCUCGCCCGUCGUGUGGUUCUACGCGCCGGACUUUGACGCCGGGCACGUGGGGCCCUUCCUCGCCAAGUACGCCGAGAGCGGCUUCGGCUCCGUGUGGUUCGCCAGCGCCUUCAAGGGCACCACGGGCCCGGCGCAGGCCUGGCCGCCGCUCGGCCACCACCUGCAGAACCAGCUGAGCUGGCUCAAGGUGGUGGAGGCCAUGCCGCGCUUCGCCCCACUGCGCCUGCAGGGCAUCGUCCUCACCGGCUGGCAGAGGUACGACCACUAUGCGGUGCUCUGUGAGCUGCUGCCCGUGGGCAUCCCCUCGCUGGCCGUGUGCCUGCAGACCCUGGCCAACGGGGGCUUCACUGAAGCCACCAAGAGGAAGGUCCUGGAUGUGCUGGGUUUCCACAGCAUCCAGCUGGAGCAGAGCACCUGCGAGGGAAACGGAGCCUUCCCCGGCGCGCAGAUCUACCGCCUGGUCGAGCAGGUGAACGGCCACUUGAAGGAGAGCGUGGCUAAGAUCCUGGAGGAGGAGAGUGCCGUCAAGGGCUGGUUCAGCCCCUACCACCGCAAGCGCCGCUUCGGCAACCCGCGCAACCUGGAGAGCUUCGGCAGCCGCCUGCUCAAGCUGCACGAGGACUGGCAGAGCGUGGAGCGCAGCCUGCGUGCCCAGCUCGCCUCCGUCUACUUCCCUGAUGCGGUGGACGAGUGGCUGGAGGAGAACGUGAGCCCUUACCUGGAGCCGCUGCGCGAGCUGCUGCGCGACUACCGCGCCGUGAUCCGCCUCAACGGCCGCCCCAAGGCGCCCGGCGCCCCCCACGCUCCCGCAGCGCCCUGA